AUGAAAUCAAAUUCCAUGAAUGAUGCAGAUGAUGUGGAAACCGCACAGUCAUCUCAUCAGUUAACAGAAGACAAAAAAGAUGUGGCCCUAGAGACAGAGCUAGAAACAAGAACGCCAUCUUCUUCCAUUAUCGUUGUCUCGAAAAUAUCAUUUUCAUUCCAUUUAGUUACUAGUGUUAUGCAGAACAGCGAAAUGAGAGGAAUUUACAAUAUUUGUUAG